CCACUUCACUUGAGGCGCAUAAAGCGCGUCCGCAAAGUUCAAACAGCAAACGCAAUUCCUGUGGCUUCAGUUCUACUCAGAACACUUCACUAAUACUGAACCUGAACCUGACUUCCACUUCUUUCUGAGCUCGAGUGGCUUUUUCUCUCCAGGCAGAGCUGUGUGUGUACGUGCGCGAGCCGGACUGAGGUCCGAGGUCUCAGUGGAGAUGCUGGGGCUGAAUGUUACCACGUGACCGCUGAGCUGUGAGACUCGGUGACGUCGCCACUGUAACGAUGGACCUACACUUCCAGGGGAAGCCGCAUCUUCACUACACACACAACGGCUGCCAGCAAGCUAAAGAUGAUGGCCUACAGUUUCUCACUAUGGAGGAAAAGGAGUGCAUUCUUUUCUUUGAGGAGACUAUAGAUUCACUGGAGGAGGGGUUUGAUGAUGCCACAGGAUCAACCUCUAGAAGGACCAACCCUGCUACAUCUAAUUCAGCAUCAAGUCCUGUCCUUGUGACAAACGUUUCCCCCAAUCUAAUGGAGCAUGACAUCAUUGACUUGGUCCAUUCCCCAACUAACUUCAUUGUGCCAGAUUUUCAAAACCUUGCUGUAAGCCCGGAGUCUCAUUAUGAGACAAUACCGAUGAAGGACCCUAUGGAGAGAGUUGUCUCAUCCUUGACCACAAGCUCUGAUGCACAUGAGGAUAACAGCCACCAACCUCCCCCAGGCUCGGUUCCCACACCUGUUAUCAUUGCUAGUAAGAUUGCCGAGCACCAGGGCACUGGCGGGAUAACUCCGUCGAAACUGCUAGGCCAAAGACACAGCCUAGAAUCCAAACGUGACCCUCCCUUACCUGCUAGGACCCCGCAUCUCCCCAGCAACAUCAGCAUGACACGGGGCAACCGAGAUCCCUUCCCCCACUCACUUGCUAUAGCAGCUGUGAACAUUCAGGAGCGCCGCUCACAGAUGUUGGCCAACCUGCCUGCUGGAUCCCAUCCUUUAGAGGGGGGAGAACCUGCCUGUAUACGCAAUGUGCCCAUGCGCAGCAUGUCAUUCAAAGAUAUGAUGCCUGAGAAAUCCAGGAUGGAGGCGCUGUCCAAGCUUGGGCUAAUCGGGGGCCAAACACCUAAUUCAACUGCCAGCAUUGUUACUAAAGGAAGCAGCAGCACUACGUCACCUAACAGUAGUGGUUACAAAGUGAGCAGCAGUGCUAAUUCACCUAUCAGCAGCUCUAACAAAGUAAGCAGCAGUGCUAGCAACAGUGCUAGCAAAGUGAGUGUCAGCACACAGGCUCAUAUGUCUAACAACAUGAAUACUGUGAGUAACGGUCCUGACAUUGUUAUUGGUCAGAAGAAGAACAGCAACACCUCUGUUGCUCUGUUUAACUCCACCAGCAGCAGCUAUGAGCCAAACCCCAAUAGUGAAGUCUUGUCCAACAGCUUUAAUAAUUAUGGGGGAAAGACCGCUGCAAUCACACCUAUUUCUAAAGACACCACAGCCACUGUUAACCAAGGAGGAAGGUCAAGCAUCCCACCAGUGAGUGCUGAAGUGAAACAGACUGACUUUAACAGCUAUGGUGGUAAGACCAUCAUUUUGAAUCCCGCAAUGAGUGUCAAGACAGACUCCAUCCCUUCCCCAUCUGUAAACACACCUGAGCCAGCAGAAACCCAGUUCAACAGUUAUGGUGGCAGAUCAAGAGUUAUACAUCCUUUAUUAAACACGGACAUACAUGAGGAGGUGAAUUUUGCCCAUUGCCAGUCACCAAUGAACACUGUCACACCCACCAUGUAUUAUGGUGACCCCACCAGAUCUAGAUACCCAUCCGAUCAAAACAGCUAUGAUGCUAAACCCAAAGUGCUAACCCCUUUACAACCUGACCCAGUUUACCAGCCUAUUGUCAGGCCCAGGCCUGCUACGUUGCCGCCUCCAACAACCUCCAAACCUCAAUGUUCUACUGGAUCUCUGAGGCCUCGUCCAGACCCAGUUCCUCCGGAGAUUCUCAGUAAGCCCACGCCAUCAUUCCGCAAUCAAGGCAUCACGGUACAGUUUUCCGGCAGAGGAACAACAGGUGAAGCCAGACGAGAUGCUUUGCGCAGACUGGGAUUGCUAAACCACACAUCCUGAACACAGUCUUAGUGGCUUUGGACAGUAUUUACUGAAAUCUUUUUAACUAAAUUCUGAUGAUACAGUUUAACUAAUGGAGCUCAUCAAGUGCUAUAGUAUUAUUUUCUAUUCUGAAAGUGUAAUUGGUAAUAGUUAUAUUCAUUACAUCUAAACUUAAGGAAAUUUAUUUAAGAAUGCAUAUUAAUUAACAAUUAUGUUACAACGUUAAUCAACAAACACUUUGUGUCAUGAUCAAUAUCUGAAAAGAAAAAGUCAGCAGUUUUCUUUUACAGUGGUUUCUGGCGAAAGAAGUUGGCCUGAUAUACAUUUAUGGCAUUUGUUCUAGAGUGACUUAUAUUUAUCUCCUUUAUACAACUGAGCAGUUGAGGAUUAAUGGCCUUGCUCAAAGUCCCAGCAGCGGUAGCUUGACAGUGUUGGGAGUUGAACUCACAACCUUCCAAUCUGAAGUCCAGCAUCUUAAUCACUGAGGUCCCACUGCCACAUUGCUGCUUGUUGAACAUUUUCAUCCCUAUAAAAAGCAGUACACAAUGCAAGACAAUCUGGAUUACAGUGCAGCAAUGCUGAGUACAGAGGCCAAUUUUGGUUGUUCCCCAACAAUCUUUCAGUGCCUGAAUGGUGGACAGUAACUUGAUCAGAGCAGAGCAAUGCUUAUAGAAACGAAAACUGUAUGAGUGAAUUCAACACUGCUGAUUUGGUAGUACGUGAUCUACAUCUGGGCUGUGGAUCCAGAUGGAACAUCACUGUAAAGGACUAUUUGACAAUAUGACAAAUAUCUCGUUGGUGAUACUAAAGCUUUCCAGAGGACAGACAGACAGGCUGAAAAUAUUCAACAUCACACAAAAUGUGAACCAGAAACCCCACAAUCCACAUGAAAGACAGCUUGAUCACCACCCAGUUCACUACUGUAAACUCUCUCUGCCUUUGGGACUGAGUGCUGACUGGAGCAUCUCAUUAUCAAACAUGUGAUUAGUCUUUUACAAACAGUAAUUUUUCAAUAGGUCUCAGUAAUUUGAUGCGUGAUUGAUAAAUGAUGAAUUUGCAGAUUUCAUUUCAUUUCUUAGUGUUUGCUUCUUGCACUGUAGUCAUGUCUGCAGGAUAUUUUUAAAUUUGACAGCAGCACCUCCCACACUAAACCACAGCCAUCCAAAUGUAGCCUCUAUAUAUGAGGGUGGUGAUGGAAAAUGUUUUUUUUUUCUUCUUCAGCCUUUGGUUCUGUUUCUAUUUGGAUUGGCACACUUUUACUGGACUUCUUCACUCUGUGAUUUGUGUUAAACAAAGUGUGCGUGUGUGUGUGUGUGUGUGUGUGUGUGUGUGUGUGUGUGUCUUUAGACAAAAGAAAGUGAGAGGAAAAAGUGGAAAAGUGUGCCUGGCUCAUGGAUGAUUUGUGUGUCUGUCUGUUUUGUGUUUUAUUUAUUUUUUAAAUACUGACUCCGGUUUUUUUGUAGCAAUUCUACAAACAUUAUUGAAGGACCUGAUGUGUUUUUACACACACAUACAUGCACAAUCAACACAAACCAAUCCUAUUACCCAUUUUUCAUCUGUAUGUUCAGUCUUCAAAAAUGGUGCCACUGCAAUCAGAAACAGAACCAUAAAUCUUGUUUUCCUUUUAUUUAUUUUUUUAAUUUAAAUUCCUGUAAACUCUUAAAUUCCUGGAAAUUCCUGUAUCACAGUCUGCCAUUUCUUUCCGUGAAUAAAAGUUUAUCAUCCUCAUGAUUGCA